AUGGCGCGCCCGCUGCCGCUGCUGCUGCUGGCGCUCGGGCUCGCCGCCGCCGCCAAGUCCCCGUACCAGCAGGUCCUGCAGCACAGCCGGCUCCGCGGCCGGCAGCACGGCCCCAACGUGUGCGCGGUGCAGAAGCUGAUCGGCACCAACAGGAAAUAUUUCACCAACUGCAAGCAGUGGUACCAGAGGAAGAUCUGCGGCAAGUCCACAGUAAUCAGUUAUGAGUGCUGUCCUGGAUAUGAAAAAGUUCCUGGAGAAAAAGGCUGCCCAGCUGCUUUGCCCCUUUCCAACAUCUAUGAAACCCUGGGAGUGGUUGGGUCUGCCACCACACAGCUCUACUCCGACCGCUCCAACCUCAGGCCAGAAAUCGAAGGACCUGGAAGUUUUACAAUUUUUGCUCCCAGUAAUGAGGCCUGGGCAUCCUUGUCUGCUGAAACUCUGGAUUCCUUAGUGAGCAAUGUUAACAUUGAGCUGCUCAAUGCCCUCCGCUACCACAUGGUGGACAAACGGGUCCUCACAGACGAUCUGAAACACGGGACCACCCUCAACUCCAUGUACCAGAACCUGCCCAUCCAGAUCCACCACUAUCCCAACGGGAUUGUGACUGUGAACUGUGCCAGGCUGUUGAAAGCUGACCACCAUGCCACCAAUGGAGUGGUUCAUGUCAUUGACAAAGUCAUUGCCACCACCACCAACACCAUCCAGCAGAUCAUCGAGACUGAGGACAGCCUGGAAACCCUGCGGACUGCUGUGGCUGCAUCUGACCUCAGCAGCUUGCUGGAGAGCGAAGGCCAGUACACACUCCUGGCUCCCACCAACGAAGCCUUUGAGAAGAUCCCACGGGAAACACUGAACAGGAUCCUGGGAGACCCAGAAGCCCUGAGGGACCUGCUGAACCAUCACAUCCUGAAGUCAGCCAUGUGUGCUGAGGCCAUCAUUGCUGGCCUGACCAUGGAGACUCUGGAAGGAACCACCUUGGAUGUGGGCUGCAGUGGGGAAGAGCUGACCCUCAACGGGAAGCCCAUCAUUGCCAACAAGGAUGUCCUGGCAACCAACGGGGUUGUACAUUUUGUUAACGAGCUGCUGAUCCCAGACUCAGCUAAGACUGUGUUUGAGUUGGCGCAAGAAUCUGAAGUUUCCAAGUCUACAGACCUUUUCAGACAAGCUGGUCUCAGUUCUCAUCUAACUGGCAGUGAGCGAGUGACCCUCCUUGCCCCAGUGAAUAAUGUGUUCAAAGAUGGACUCCCCAUAAUUGACAGCAACAUGAGAAACUUGCUUCUGAACCACAUUGUUAAAGACCAGCUCUCCUCUAAAUAUCUGUAUCACGGACAGAAACUGCAGACUCUGGGGGACAAGGAGCUGAGAGUUUUUGUGUACCGCAAUAACCUUUGCAUUGAAAAUGCCUGCAUUGCUGCCCAUGACAAGAGGGGGAGGUUUGGGACCCUCUUUAGCGUGGACAAAAUGUUGACUCCACCGACUGGCUCAGUGAUGGAUGUUCUCAAGGCAGACCAUCGCUUCAGUACACUGGUGGCUGCAAUCCAGUCUGCAGGGCUGACAGAGAACCUGAACAGGCCAGGAACCUUCACAGUGUUCGCUCCAACAAACGAAGCUUUCCGAGCCAUGCCCCAGGGGGAGCUCAACAAACUGAUGGGUAAUGCCAAGGAGCUUGCCAACAUCCUCAAGUUCCACGUGGCUGACGAGAUCCUGGUGAGCGGCGCGGUCAACGCCCUGGUGAGGCUGAAAUCCAUGCAGGGAGAUAAACUGGAAGUCAGCAUGAAAAACAAUGUAAUACAUAUCAACAAGGAGCCUGUUGCUGAAAGCGAUAUCAUGGCCACAAAUGGUGUCAUUUAUGCUGUGAACUCUGUCUUACAGCCACAGGCUUCAAGGCCACAAGAAAGAGGUGAUGAGCCUGCAGAUCCCGCAUUAGAAAUCUUCAAACAGGCAUCUGCAUUAUCCAAGGUUUCUCAGAGGAAUCCUCGACUAGCCCCCGUGUACUCCCGGAUACUGGCGAGGAUGAAGGAGAGCUCGGGGACACUCUGAGCCCAGUGUGAGCAGCCACAAGUCAGUGCCUCCAUCCCACCCACUCCAGCUGACAGCUGAAGAGAAGGACAGGACCUUUUUUAAAAACCAAAUACCACCCUUAAAUUUAUUUUUGUUUGCAAUGAAACGGAUAGGAAAAAUGAAAAGCCAUAUAUAUGUAUAUAUUUUAAGAUCAUUUUUACUUGGUUUUGACUUUAAAGUUCCCAGACCAAGGAAAUGUUUUGAGGUCUUUUGUUUGUUUUGUUUAAUUUUUUUGUUUCUUUUUUAAAUAAAAAUUGUUCAC